AUGGUGCAGGUUUGGCUUCUGCUCCUCCUGGCCCUCGGGUGUCCAGCCCUGCCCACAGGUUUGGGUGACACACCCUUCCCUUCUCUGGCCCCACCAAUCACACUACUGGUAGAUGGGAAGCAACAGAUGCUGGUGGUCUGCCUGGUCCUCAAUAUUGCAGCCCCUGGCCUGGAGAGCCCCAUCUGGUUCUCAGCUGGCAAUGGCAGCGCACUGGAGGCCUUCACCUAUGGCCCUUCUCCAGCCGCUGAUGGCACCUGGACUAGGUUAGCCCAGCUCUCCAUGCCCUGUGAGGAGCUAGCAGCCUGGGAGAAGCUGGUAUGCCACACUGGGCCCCGGAACCUCAGCUGGAGCACUCAGCCGCUGCAGCUAUCAGGAAAGGCUUCCUCAGCCAGGACCUGCCUCUGGGAGUCUCUGAGGGGGACGCGGGGCCAGGUGCUGCAGCUGGGGGCCCUGCGGCUGCUGCUCUUCAAGCUGCUGCUGGUGGACGUGCUCCUGACCUGCAGCCGCCUCCGUGCCAUGCCCGCCGCCGCGGGAGUGGACCCGGCCGGGGCACCCGGCCCGCGAGCCCGCGGCCUCCCGGCGCCCUGCACAGCCACGCGGCCCGGCUGCCCUCUCCACCCGCAGGCUCGGCGCGGUAGGGGGCUCUCGGCGGCCCCCAGCCACCGCCCUCUCCUCUGUGAUGGGGAGACAGCAGAGCGAGACCUCGCGCGGUGGGUCCCCACGAGUCUCCAGAUGGCUGCGGGCAUCACACCCGCCUUCCGCGUCGGGGCCCGAGGCGCCCACUCUGAGAGGAGGGGAGCUGCCGGAGCUCCCGCCCGGCGCGCACGACAAGCUCUCGGAUUCCGGCCGCAAGCCUUGGAGCAUUUCUCAGACCGGCCCCUUGCCCCAGAAAAGGAGCUUCCGCAGCGCUGUCUCCCCCGCCGACAGACGUCUUUCUGA